AUGCCUCGACACUGCGGUUUGCGGUCAGCAACAUUAAACGAGUCAUAUGAAAAGGUAGCGAUGGGUAGCUGGUUGAGCUACCUGUGGUGGGGUGGAGACCCAGACGCGGUGAACCCUACGUCUGGAUUGACAAAACGAGAAAUAUACGCUGUCCAGCAGUCCUGGGCGCCGGUGUACGCCAAUAGUAUUGCUAAUGGAACUGAGUUAUUACGAAGGUUAUUCCAAACAUAUCCAGAAACAAAGGAAUUCUUCAAAAUGAUCCGAAAAUCUUCAGAAGAUGAGUAUUCUCAGAACCCACAGUUUAAGGCACAUGUUAUAAACCUGAUGAGUUCUAUCGACCUGGCGGUGAACCACCUCCACCAGCCAGACGUGGUGGCCGCUAUGAUGAACAAGCUCGGAGAGUCACAUGGAAGACGGAAAAUACAGAGAGAACAUUUCUACGGUUUGAAAGAUGUUAUAGUGAAGAUGUUCAUUGAAGUGUUAAAACUGGACGGCACCACUCUAGCCGCGUGGGGCAAGACCGUGGACUUCUGGUACAAGCACAUCUUCGAAACGUUGAGCUUAUCAGAUGCAAGA